AUGCUACUCGACGCUCAGUUGCUGACCAUCCUGACAACCUUUACCACCUAUAGGCCAGAAGAAUUGUCUUCAGCGCCAAAUUCGUUACUCGCUUCAGAUUUCCUACUACUGCAAGUCAGGCCCAGCUCACCGCAGGAGGGCUCAGAACCUAUGGCACACCACCACCAGAGAUUGAGUCGGACACAAAAUGAGAAUGAAUUAUGGUUCAACAUGCCCAGCUCAGAAAGGGUAGAACAAGAGCGGGCUCGCACAUCAGAACAGUCUGCGUACCGAGCAACGUCGAAUCGAAUCAGCAUGCAUUCGACUAAUUCAAGAUCAACACCAAGGAUACCUACGAUAUUCACCAGCUCAGAUGUAAACAAACCACUACCACCGUCCCCCUCGGAUUCGGAAAGGAGGAAGCGCAAGCCAGCAUCGCUGCGUGAGAUAAUCCGACGCCAAAAAUCAGACUAUCGAGACUCAAACCACCUCCGGCCUGAACCAUACCCGCAACGAUACUCUAGCUUAAGCGUUGAUACGCAUAGUCACCACCAUCACCACUACUCUCGUAGUAUGCCAAGUUCACCUUUCGAAUAUGAUGAAGUACCGGCCUCACCAAAUCCAGCAACAAUACCCCGCGCCUCUUCGGCCGCUGCGAACUACCCUGACGAGACGCAGUAUCAGCCUUACUUGCCACCACCACCACAGCAGCAGCAGCAAGAACAACAAUAUACACGUCCUAUCCGCCAGCAGCGUGCUAUCUCAAUGAACACCUAUUUCGAUACAGCACCGCCUCGAGCGCGGACUUUCCCAGAACCAACAGCCCUAGGUCCUCCGGCAGCAACAGCACGCGAAAAUGUGUCAAACAGACCUCGACCACACACAUGGCUCUCACCCACCGAACCAUUUACAGAUAUUUCGCAAUUUCAUCUCUUCGCAGAAGCAACGACCGGCCUCCCAGAUGAUCCCGAGCCCUUCUCACCAAACGCCCCGCCGCAACUCCAGGGCUCCCUCUUCGCUCGCAGAAGCCACAACGAUAUCAUACCCCUCCCGCUCCAGUACUCAAUGGCACCACCAGCCCAAUCUUCCUCGCGGACUGAUUGGCAGAACUUCGAGCCCCCAGAAAUUACACCGCGAUCAGCAUCAGCAAGACCUUCUAGGCUACCAAUACCACAGCCUUACCAGCAGUGGCAACCGCCGCCUCAAAUGGAUACAGUCACCAUGGAGCUAGAGAUGCUAGGCUUGAGUGAUGAGCAUGUGGCGGAUGAUGAGUUGCCAGAUUAUGCGCAAAGUCAAGCGGAGAUGGAUGCUAAGCGAAGGGAAGAGGCGGGCGCGAGAGCGAGGGACUUAGAGGCGAGGUGGAGGGGUGCUAGGGGUGCUAGGGGAAGGUAA